GGGAGGUGUGACAGCAGAGACCUGCAGAUCAGAUGUCAUUACUCAGACACCACAGGUUGAUACCACGAUGAGACCACAGCACAAUGACGGCUAAAAGUCAGGUCCACGACACACGUGUGCUCACGAGGAGAAACUGAUGGAGCUGAACGUCAGACGUCCUCAGGAAACGUGUUAUGUGCCAGAACUUUCUGAAGUUUCUACUGGUCGCCUGGCAACCUCACGGUGGACAACAACUUGGUACAACCCUGUUUAUGCUAAGUGUUCCCUAAACGCACCUCCUGUCAGUUGGAGUAACCUGCUCCGGUCUGCGUCAACAGCGCUUCAGUGUGUCCGUUUGUUUGUUUGACGGGUUGGUUCAGCACGUUACCGGGAGGAAGACCGACUGGCCCCGGCGGCUGUCCACACAGAGGUCCGGUUUAGGACGGUUUUUACCUGUCGCUCUGUUUGCUGAGUCACUCGCUCACCUGUAGACCGACCUGCUUUUCACAGACUCCUUCGAUCCUACCAGCUUCUCCAUCCACUGCUGCACUAUGAGUGUAUGAUGUCAGAGAGAAGCUGCUAUGGCCUGCAGCAGCGGUCAGAGCAAUGCUGAAACUCUGGAGGGGUUCCACGAGGUGAACCUGGCCUCACCCACCACACCUGACCUUCAGAACCAAGCGGAGCAGCGCGCCCCCGCCCGUCACAGCACCCCGCCCACCUCUCUGUACCGCACCCACUCCCUGGGAGCGCCCCCUCCUGGCCUCCCCGCCUCACUGCGGGCCGACCAGCUCCCCACGCAGCCGGUUUAUUCCACUCCGCGGCACAGUCACAAUGGAAGUGUGCCAGGCCAGGAGGCGGAGUCAGCCGAGGGCAACUUCCUGUCUGGAGAGGACGGGGAGGAGUGCAGCGCUUUGAGUGACAGCCUGUCGCGUCUGCGCAGCCCGUCGGUGAUGGAGGUCCGAGAGAAAGGAUACGAGAGGCUGAAGGAGGAGCUGGCCAAGGCCCAGAGGGAGCUGCUGUUGAAGGAUGAGGAGUGUGAGAGGUUGUCUAAAGUCAGAGAUCAGCUCGGCCAGGAGCUGGAGGAGCUCACCGCCAGUCUCUUCCAGGAGGCCCACAAAAUGGUCCGAGAAGCCAACAUCAAACAGGCAAAUGCCGAGAAGCAGCUGAAAGAAGCCCUGGGAAAGAUCGACGUCCUGCAGGCGGAGGUCCAGGCCCUGAAGACACUAGUGCUCUCCUCCCCCACCUCCCCCGUGGGCGAACUCCCCUCUGUGGGGGCGGGGGGAGGAGGAGGGGUGAAGACUCCCUUCAGGAAGGGCCACAGCAGGAACAAGAGCACCUCCUCCGCCAUCCUGGGGACGCAGCCCGACCCGUCGGCCACGCAGCCCAUCGUACGGGAGUGCAGAGAGGUGGACGGUCAGCUGUUCAGCGACUUCAAGGCGUGGAGGGAGGAGCCGACGCUGGACCGGAGCUGCUCCUUCCUGGAGAGGGUUUACCGUGAGGACAUCUACCCCUGCCUCACCUUCAGCAAGAGCGAGCUGGGUGCGGCCAUCUUGGAAGCCGUGGAGCAGAACACGCUCAGUGUGGAGCCGGUGGGUUUCCAGCCGCUGCCUGUGGUCAAAGCGUCAGCGGUGGAGUGUGGAGGACCAAAUGGGCGAAGGGCUGAGCUUGUCACAAAAUGUGCCCUGAGUGGUCAGACCAAAACCUGCAAGCACAGAAUCAAGUUUGGGGAUUCGUCCAACUAUUACUACGUGUCUCCCUACUGUAGAUACAGAAUCACAGCUGUGUGUAAUUUCUUCACCUACAUACGCUACAUCCACCAAGGGCUGGUCAAGCAGCAGGAUGCUGAGCAGAUGUUCUGGGAGGUGAUGCAGCUGCGCAGAGAGAUGUCCUUCGCUAAGCUCGGCUACUACAAAGACCAGCUGUGACUGACGGACAGCCCUGGCCUCCAAUCACAGCAGACUCUGCCCUGAAGCUCCGCCCCCACCCCACCCUUCUGGUUUUCCUCCUGUCAUCACCCCCCUCCUCUCCUCUUUGUGUGAGUGUGUGAGGGAAAAUAUCUGUGGUUGUUUUCAGUCAUCACAAAGAAGCCUGAGAGACUGCGACAUCAGUGGUCUGUUUGUCGUUGCUGAAGUCCGAGAUUUCCUCUAAUGAAACGUGUAACACUCCAGUGUGUGUGAGGACGACUGGCGUGAAAAGAGUUGGCAUUUAAACCCACCUGAGGAGCUUUGACCUUUGACCCCUUUAUACAUGUUCUGAUGAUGGAGAAUUGGAGCCACAGUGAGGGAGGAAAAGAAUCUGAGAUGUCAACAAUUUAAUUUAUUUCAGAUAUUUUCAGAAAAAAAAUUGUCAUGGAAAAUUAAGUCAGGAAAAAUAAAAGAUUACAAGUCAAGAUUUUGAGAAAAAAAGUUGAGUAAAUUUGCAAUCUUAACAACAAAAUAUCGUAAUAUUUUAGUAAGACGCGUGUAAAGUUGUAAAGCUCAGUUCUUAUUCUUCGGAAUUUAACUAAUUGCAAAAUAUUAUGACUUUUUUUCCUCAAAAUUCUCAGAUAUUUUUCCACUCCGUCACUAAAACUAAAAACCCAAUAAGAAAAUAAGACGCCCACCAGUUCCUUUGAUGACCAAACAGUCAGUUAUUGUUUACAAAAUGAAAAUGAGCAGAAGCUUAGAUUUCAUUUCAGUUUUUUUUGUUGAUGCUAAGAUAAUCAGAAGAUCCUGAGGACAAACGUUGCUUUAAAGCCCCAUUCGGACCGGAUUUUUCAGCUGAACGUAUCCUGUCAUUUCACGGUGGUUAAAAUGAAGUCAGUUAAAUUACAGAGGAGUGUUUAUAAUCCUUUCUGAAUGGGGCUUUUAUCAAGGAUUUUUAUGUAGAAUUUCUUUAAUGGUGGUUAUUUUGUUGUGUGAGCAGCUCAGACGUCGAGCUCGAAGCUCCAGGAUAUCUUGGGUUCAAGGAACAAAACACAACUUUAGAUACCUUGACAAACUAAUUACUGUGGGGGAAAAGUUCCUUGAACGGCUCCUGGAGUUUUCAGCCUGCUGUAUUUAAUCAGGAAUGUGUUGAUAAUAAGCUGUGUGUGUGUGUGUGGUGUGUGAAUGUCGAGUGUGUUUGUACGCCUGCCGUUGUGCAAACUUUCUGUUUGUUCAUUUCAGCCCGACUCUCCUGCUUCUCUCUCUCUCCCAGUCAAAGUCAGUGUCACUCUCCCGGUUUGGUUUAGUGCCUUUUCUCUCAGACACUCUGAAAUAAAAACAGUAAUACCUCUGGAAA